AUGUAUCUUGGAACAUCUUGGAGAUCUUGCCCUGUGCAGCUCCACUGGGCCUUGGCCGUGAUCCUGAUAGCGGUGCUGUUGGUUGGAUUGUUUCGCUCAUACCGAAUCCUCAAGCAGACACAGCACCUCACGGUGGUCCGGCAUGCUCCCGAGGGCAUGAGAAUCGUUGAGUGUGGCUCCUGCCACACGGCCCAGUAUGUGAGCGCACAUGGGCGCAUUUUCAUCUGCUGCAGUUGCCACUGCGCCAAUCGGAUUCCAGCAGAGAUUGCUCGAGCAGAG